UAAAAAAAAAAAAAAGAAAAAAAAAAGAUUGUUGAAAACGGCAUAGUAUUGUAUGGCUUGCUUGGGCUAAAAUUAGAACCCUAAGCCCCUCAGCGAGACAGCCGCCGCCGCCUUCUUCAAUAACCGUCGCAAUCCUCUUUCGGCAAAAAAAGAAAACCCUUCUUCUCACUCAUAUUCUUACGCACACAAAACAAGAAACACAACACAGCACCAACCUCGGCAGCACAACGUGCUAACAAUUCAAAGAAACAAAAACACAGACACAAACAAUGGCUGGUCGAUUCCGCGAGCUGAUGAAGAAAUACGGAAAAGUCGCACUCGGGGUUCACUUGAGCGUCUCCACCGUUUCCAUCACGGGUCUAUAUGUCGCCAUCAGAAACAACGUCGACGUGGAAGCCAUCCUCGAGAAGCUCCACAUGGGCACCGUUUCCGAGGAACAAAACCCUAACCCUAACCCCUCCGACGACGUCGCUGCGCCGCCCAAGAACCGGACGGCUCAGCUCGCCGCCUCGGCCGGCGGCGCCUUCACGCUGGCGAUCCUCUGCAACAAGGCGCUGUUCCCCGUGCGCGUUCCCAUCACCGUCGCCCUCACUCCUCCCAUCGCCAGGUUCCUUGCGAGGAGGAAGAUCAUCAAGACCGGCUUAUGAAUUGGAUUCGUUGUUCCUUGUUCAGCAGAAGACUUAGGUAUAGUGGCGUUUUGUUAUUUGAGAUGAUCAGGGUCACUGGGUUAUUGGUUUCAUAAAAUAUGUUGGCACAGGAAAAACUACCUUUGGACAUCUUUGAACUGUUUUGAAAGGACUGAAGUAUGCCAUUCUUUCCACCUUCAAGUUGAAUCAGCUUCAUCUCAUCACUACGUACCUAUUGUUUAUCUGCCCUGGGAAGAAUUUUAUUUUUAAUGUCUACAUAGUAACAUGUGAAAUUAGGAGUCAUCCUUUUGAGGAAAAAAUGACUUUGCUACUCAGGACAACCACCAGUUAAAUCAUUCGGGACAAGUUUGAGUUGACCUUUUUAUUUGAUUGUGUUUUCCUGAUGACUUGUUGUCAAUGUUGUGGGUAAUGUAAGAUUUCCUUACAACCAUCUU